AUGGAUGACGAUGAGUUUGGAGGAUUUGAGGCAGCAGAGAGUUACGAAUGUGGAAACGGUGAAAAGCAGACUACCUCCCCUGCUAUUGCUUGGGCAGCAUUUCCUACAGUGUCUGAAGUCUAUUUGUCUCCUGAUGCUGUUCUGGAGCACUCUGUGCCUUCUUCCUGCCUGGUUCCUUCCGACUCAUUCAUUUUAUCAAGUGAUAACAUGGCAGCAGCUAUUCAAACAGCCAACAAUGUUGUAAAUCCAGCUGUUCUUGAAGAACGGAUUCAAGCAGAUGUUGCAGUUGCAUCUUUGAAUGUAAUUGAAGAGAAGACUUCAGGUACAUCAGCCAUUGCUUCGGUUGAUGCUGAGACACAGAGAACAAAUGAAUCAAAGAGCUACCUUCAAGAAGCUGUUGCAAACUUAAAACUGAAGCUUUGCACUGCUGAAGAAGAAAAAUUAAAAAUUAAAAAGGAAUUAGAAUAUUUAUUGGAAAAACACAGUAUUCUAGAAAUGGAUUUCUUGAAGGAAAAAAAAGAGAAAGUAACUUCACAUCAAGAUCACUACAAGACACUCCAGGAAAAGCAUAAGCAGGAGUUAGAAGACAUGAGAAAUGCUGGACAUGAAGCCUUGAGUAUUAUUGUUGAAGAAUUCAAGGCACUGCUACAAUCUACAGUUCAACAGCAAGAAGCAGCUAUUGAAAAGCAAUAUAUACUAGCAAUUGAAAAACAUUCUCACAAAUGUGAAGAACUUCUUAAUGCUCAGCACCAGCGACUCCUUGACAUUUUGGAAGUAGAGAAGGAAGCGUUAUCAGAAAAGAUAGAAGAAGCUUUGAUGCAGCAGUCGAAGAAACACAAGGAAGCACUUGACAAAUGUUUGGAUGAAGAAAGACAAAGAAGUAAGGAGGCUGUGGCAGCUGCUGCACAGGCUGAAAAAGAAGUAGUGCAGGAGGCUGUUCUGAAAGCAGUAGAGGAGGAGAGAAGAAACAUGGAGAAGGUUCAUGCAGAAGAGAGAAAAAUGUGGGAAGCAGAAUGUGACAGACAUAAAGAGAAGAUUGCCCAGGCUGUUUGGGAAGCCAUGCAGGAGCAAAGAAAGCAUAAUCAAGAAAUUGUCAAGGAAGCAUUGAUGGAGGAGCAAAAACGAAGUGAAAAGGCAAUCGAAGAAGCAGUGAAAAGGACAAGAGAGGAACUGAUGGAAUAUAUAAAAGAGCAGAAAAGGCUUGAUCAAGUUGUCCGUCAAAGAAAUCUGUAUAGUUUGGAACUUUUCCUCUCAUGUGCACAGAAACAGUUAAGUGUUUUGUUAAAAGAAGAGCCAACCACUACAGAGGAACAGAGAGACUGA